GUGGACUUGAUGUUUGCGCCGUCCUACCGCAACAUCUACCUGCUCAUCGUCGCCGACAAGCACGACAUCGAGCGCGCGGCCGCGAACUCGCGGUUUCUGACCAAAGUGCGCUGGGACCGCGUGGACACGGAGGGCUUCGAACCCCACGACGACCGCAACAACCUGUUGGUGGAUAACUACCUGGGUGACCGCUUCGUGUACGAAAGGUACAAGAAAAUGGUGGAGGUGUUCGAGAGACACAAGGCCACCAUGCCGCGGGAGGUCCGGCGGUACCACUACAACAAACUGGUGGAGCUGUACUCGUUCGAAACGGUCCGCCGACAGGAAGACGAGCUGGCUGCGGACGGUGGCACGCCCACCAGCAAGUUUUCCGCGGCGAGCGCCGUGAAGAUGUUGAACAAUCACGGAGCGGCAGCUCCCGGCGGAAACAAAGUAGUACAGCUCCAACGCGGUUCUAGUAAGCGGCAGCUGAAGAGUCCAAAACAAGCGGCGAAGGAAGAAAAACUGACCCCAAAAGAGGAGAAAAAGGCGCAAGUGCAGCGGGCGCUGUACAUCCGGUACCUGGAAAAGCGCACGCAGGGACUGACCUCGUUUCGCGCCAUGUUCGAGGUGAAUCGGGAGUAUAAGCUGCGCAAGAAGCCCCUGAAAAAGCUCCAGAGCAUCUGGGACCGGAUGGGGUGCGAGUGCGGCCCCCUCUGGGUGGUCUACCCCUACUCGGUCGGAAAAUCACACGUGCCCUGGGCCAAGCACCAGGUCCGCAACUUAUUGGGAAAAAAGGUAGCCGUGAACUUCAGUCCGGCCGACCGGUUGGAACUGAUCAACAACACGAUCGAGGCGCACUUGGACUUGGCGGACUUGCUGCUGUACCGGGGCGGGGUGUUUCUGCGGGAUUAUUUCCCCCUGGAGGAUUUGCGUUUGAAAGCCCUAGCCACCGUGCCUAUGGAGGAAUAUCUCCUCCGCGGCGACGAUAUCACGCUGAAACGCGGGAUGUUUCCCGUGGGUUCGAGGUACUUUGUUACGAAACCGGACGAGGAGUAUUUGCGCGCCAGACACGCGGUUUUGAAGUACCGGGACGAGGAAAAGCAGAAGCGCACGUCCGCCAGGAAGACGCUCCGGAAGUUCUGCUGCUUUUGUUGCCCGACACUGCGUAUGACUUGCAAAACAAGUAUCGUAGUACUCGUACGAGAUUCUUGCAGUCUGGCAUGAGAGAUCCGGUUUUUUUUAUCUGAAUCUGCAUAACAAGUUUUCUGAGAAGUCAUGCGAUUUGUACUAGUGCGAUUAGGAUACUUUGCAAUGCAUAGUGCGAAAAGCCAUGCACAUGACGGACGACAAUCCGUACCGUGUGCUUAACAGCGACGGCUGCAUCUGCGACGUGGCGGGCAAACUGGAGAUUUUCGGCGACAUUGACGAUCAAAAGGAGCACAUCCUGGCGGAAGCGGAGGAGCUGCGAAAGAUCCAGGAAGAAAUGGACAGGGAGAACAGUGAUCCCUUUGGGAUUUCUGAUGACUCGUUGUCCCCGAACAAGAGAAAUUCAUCCAACAAGCGCAUCACCACCAGUUUCCAGAAGAAGCGGGGGAGUAAAAGUGACCGGAUCGCGAAAAGGUACGACUACGAGAAGAUGUUUCAGAAGUUGUCCGUCGAGGGCAUGCCUAGGCCCAAGCUGCCGAACACGCUGGAGAAGUACCUGGCGCUGCGGUCGGAGCACGCGUACUUUGGGCAAAAGCUCGGCAUCUACUGCGUGUUUGUGCGGCACUUCGCGAGCGCGCUGCGGACGCCCGCGGAGUUCGGGCUACUCGUCACGCUGUUUCAGGCGAUCAUUUCCUACCUGGACCUGGACACGACGGACCCGACACAGAGCGGUCUGAAGUGGACCGCCAGCCACGGCGUCCCGCUUUUGAACGCUGCGUUUUUGGCGUGGUGGGGCCCGUCCUACAUUGCCAGCUGGGAGCGCGUGCAGAAAAGGAAAAUGCUGCAGCUUUUUGGGGUGGUUCCGGGGAAGAACUACAAGCACGCCAGCAAACACCAACCACGGAAACGCUUCCACGGGCUGAAGCAGAAAUCCGCAAUCACCGGCGAGUACGAGGUGGUCUUUCCGGUUCGCGAGGCGCGCGCGCGCGCGAUGUAUUCGAACCUGUGCUCCAUGCUGUUCUGCACGCUGGUGUUGUGCAUCGUGGUCGGCGUUUCUGGUAUUCAGUUUGUCAUCUACGAGCACACCAUGAUCUCGUUCAGUGACAGUCUCUCGUACAACUACUCGCUGGAGCUGAUCGGCGUGAUGAAUGCGGUCGUGGUCUUGAUCUUCAACGCCAUCUAUUCUUACGUCGGGCUGUGGCUCACGCACUACGAGAACCACGCGACCUACGAAGGUUUUUUGGAGUCCUUUGCCAUCAAAAGCUGUGUGUUUCAGUUUUUAAACAGUUACUCCGCGCUGUUUUACCAGGCGUUCGCGCAGAAAUUUUUGCUGCGGCGGAUUGCGAAGGGCCUCGGGAACGACAAGAGCGAUGAAUGGUACGACAUGCAGUACGACGCCAUCUGCCCGAAGGAGUCGAUUCUCUUCGGGAGCACCUGCGAGAUGGGGACGACAAACCGCACCCUGGUAUCAUUAGUUCUGGUUUUCAUGGCGCGCAACGUCACGGAGCUGGGGCUGCCGAUUUUGGCGCAUUGGUGGGCGGAGUGGAAGCGGAAGACCAACCUGCGCGCGAUGGACGCGCAGCGCUGGGCGUUUACAAAACAGGGCGAAAAAAGCAUGCUCGGCCGGGCCUUGCUCCGAAUAUCCACCACCGUAGCUUUGCCAGGCCAAGGCGGAGGCAUCACCACCGCGGGAGCAGGCGAUACAGCUGCCACCUCAAGCGUAAAGAUGGAGCGCCCCGCGGCCGAUGGUAAAAGAAAUGUCGACGACGCUACAACUGGAGUGGUCCAGGCGAGCAAAACCCCGGUAGCUGGACCUCCUGCGGCUACAGUUCAGAUAGACGCUUCUGGUAAAAUUGCGCAACAAGAGCACCGCCAAUCUAGUACCCUGGAGAGGAGCAGCACGAUGACGUCGAAGCCGCCCUCCUCCUCCGCAGGGCCUGUCUUCGCUAAUGCGGUUUUCAAGGCGGGACUCGAACAAGAUCGAUCCUCGAGCACGUUGAACACCGUAGUACAGGCGGAAAAUGAAAUCCAGUUAGACGACAUUACGUUCAACACUGCACCUACGAGCAGGGAAGAUGCAUACGCAGCCAAUGCGAAUGCCCGCACUACACUCCAGCUCGCUUCCUCGCACAAGCUCCCGAAGCCCAACGAGCGCGGAGGGGGAGGCAGCCACCCGUCGAAGCCGCGGGCUAGAGGUGCACCUGUUCUUGCCGUGUUCGAUGCUCCUGGUGACAUUACUUCCCAGCAGAUCGAGGGGUCGCAUAAUGCUGCGGACGAGCAGGAUAACGACCGUAGCGGUCCAGUUGGAGGCGGGACAACAGCGAAGAAGAUGUCCCUUGAGGAGGCAUUUGGAAACGCAACGUCAACAGUACUAGCUGCCGAUCCGAAUAAACGCGACGACGCCCCCCGGCUGACUCCGCUGGAAGAGCUUGUGCAAAAGUACGACCGCGAGAAUGCCGCCCUACAGGCUAUCUACGUGGGGGAGGAACCGGAAUUGCCGGACUACUUUUACGACGACACUGCGGAGUACGACGCGAAAGCCGUCCGGGCAGCGCGCCACGCGGGCUCGUUCACCGAGAAGAGCGGCGGCGCCGACUUGCCCAUCGACCGCAGCUCCUCGAAUGCCUCGUCGAAAGAGUCCGUGCGGCCACCGAAGAAGCGCGACUUCGAGGAAGACGAAGACGGCCCCAGCGGUUUACGCCGAGAAACGUCCGGCAUCGUCGUGCCUGCUCCACCGACGAAUAUGGUUGGUCUUGCGGUAGUUCCGGUUGCGCCUUCUCCGAAAGUAGAAACGAGUGCAGUGGACGAUGAGCGGUAUCCUGCUGCUGGUACACGUCCUCCAGCGAAGGUAAAAAUCGCGGACGGAAGAGGUGGCGAACGAGAUGAAGUAGAUGAGCCAAAAAGUCGUGACGGCCCUACGGCGGAAGUGGCCGAGGACCACAGCCGGUUACACGAUUCGAAAGCUUCGCACGACUCCGGGUCAUCCACAAUUUCGCGCCCCCUGCCGCUGCCCGUGACCCAAACCGGACUGCUUACCGAUGCGAAGCUGCUGGAGAACAGCUUGGGCGCGCAGGUGCAGGAGCAGCGGUACCGCUCAGCUUACGGCACACCGACCUUCGCGUUCGACGGCACGAUUGAUGACUAUAGUGAGCUGUGUGUGAUGUUUGGCUUUCUGAUGUUGUUUUCCAUCGCGCUGCCCAUGGUCUCGAUGCUCAUUUACCUGGCCUGCGUCAUGGAAGUCGCCGUGGACAGCUUCAAAUUCACGCGCGUGAUUCGCCGGCCGUUUCCCGCGCAAGCCGUCCAGGGAGUCGGGGUCUGGAUCUCCAUUCUGCGGGCGGUGGUCUGGGCCAGCGUCCCCACGAACGCGUGCCUGUUGGUCGUCACGGCCCAAAUUCACACCAAGGACGAAACGCUGCAGGACAUCGUGGGCAACAAGGACACGGCCGCCAUCUUCGGCAUCGCGUUCUUCCUGGCGCUGAUAAAAUUUGUCGCCAUGCACAGCUCCCCAGAGGACCGGAAUUUCCAGCAGGUUACGCAGCGCAUUGACCACUGCAUGAACAAGCUGAUGAUGCCCUUGCCGGGGAAGAGUAAACUGGACAUGGAACUGCUGCACGAAGACGCCGGCGGCGAGCAGACCGACUUCCGCAUUCGUCAACCGUACGAGUUCACGAAAACGCCGGUGUUUCGAAGAGCGCAGUCCAUGUCGCAAACGAAUCUGUGAGGACGGAAAACUACAGGCCGUGUCCCGGUAAUUGUACUUGUUUGCAGCCAGUAGAGCGAGGCUGCAGCAUAGUACAAUAUGACGGGCACAUUUUCGCCAAACGUGAAGCUGUGUCUUAUUCGACGCAGAUGACCUUCAUGUGCCACUUCAAAGUCGUGCAAGUACGGCAAACCCAUUUUCCGCAUCGUUGGCCUGUUCCGUGAGGAGCCUGGUGUUGCAUGCUGGAGGUGCAGCGCAUCAGUCUAGUACCUCUGCUUGCUGUAAAAAAGCAAACAUCUUCACAGCGCAGCCACUGGUUCUUGCCUACUUGUUGACUCAGUGCUAAAAGUAAAACAGAUGUUGAGAGACGCAAAGUAAGCAGUACUAGCAAGGAAAUGGAAUUUUUUGAGUGCACACUUCAAAAUCAAAAUGUUGAUGUUUUUGUCACGCCCAGAGUUGUUCAAAAUAAAUCAAG